CAUCAGUAUACACGUCUGUAGUAUAACUCUUUUGGACGGGAGCAGUUUCCAUCCAAUACUAGGAGCCAAGGAAGGAGCCGUAUAAUACUAGGAGCCAAGGAGAGGGAUCUUUGACGUUCACUGGAAAAACGACACCGUAACGUGUGAACAUGGCUUCUCUCAUCAAACUCUGUCCCUUCUACACCCGGGACCCUUCGGUGUUCCUGCGUGUCACUUCACCAAUGAUCCUGCGCAGUGCAGAUCGCUGUCCAGUCAUGGUGACCCGCACCUGGUCUACGUCUGUCAGUAACCAGCAGAAGGUCAAGGACACCACACUGACACCAGGAGUCUCUUCUGGAGCCUCCAGCAGGCGCACCCUGGCACAGGCCGCACCUCAAGCUGCCACUGCCAACGCCAAGUGCCCUUUUAUCGAGACAGAGAUGGAGAAAGACAACAGUUCUAUCGUCCAGAAAGCUGGCCCUGAAGUCCAAGAGGAUUUAAAGGCUUUCAAGACAGAUGUUCUUAGUUCUCUGCUAUAUGAAGUCAAGUCCAACCUGAAGAAGAAGUUCUAUGGUGACUCCCCGAAAAAAGUCAACCUUGGAACUGGGGCUCCUCUCAUUCCAACUCAUCUGAUUAAGGAAAACAUGACAGGUGGAGCUGCCUUUGGCUACGAUGAGUUCUUUAACCGGAGGAUUGAGGAGAAGAAACAGGACUACACGUAUCGGGUGUUCAAGACUGUGAACCGCAAGGCAAGUGCCUACCCAUUGGCUGAGGAUUUCUCUGACCUCCAUGGACAAAAGAAGGAAGUGUCCGUUUGGUGCAGCAAUGAUUACCUGGGCAUGAGCAGGCACCCCCGGGUGCUCAAAGCUAUUUCGGAGACUCUUAAGGAGCAUGGAGCUGGGGCAGGUGGAACUAGGAACAUUUCUGGUACCAGCAAAUACCAUGUGGAUCUGGAAUGUGAAUUGGCAGAUUUGCACCACAAGGAUGCAGCUCUGCUCUUCUCCUCCUGCUUUGUUGCCAACGACUCCACUCUUUUCACCAUGGCAAAGAUGUUACCAGGCUGUGAAAUUUACUCAGAUGCUGGAAACCAUGCCUCUAUGAUCCAGGGCAUCCGAAACAGUGGGGUGGCAAAAUAUGUCUUCCGUCACAAUGACCCUGAUCAUCUUGAAGAACUGCUCCGUAAAUCAGAUCCUAAAAAACCCAAGAUUGUUGCCUUUGAGACUGUGCACUCUAUGGACGGUGCGAUCUGCCCCCUGGAGGAGAUGUGUGACGUAGCACACAAAUAUGGUGCCCUGACAUUUGUUGAUGAAGUGCAUGCAGUGGGGCUGUACGGGGUGCGGGGUGCAGGAGUAGGGGAACGAGAUGGCGUCAUGCACAAGAUGGACAUUAUCUCAGGAACUCUGGGGAAGGCCUUUGGCUGUGUCGGUGGCUAUGUGGCUAGCACGGCUGCCCUCAUAGAUACAGUGCGUUCCUAUGCUGCCGGCUUCAUCUUUACCACCUCUCUGCCUCCAAUGGUGCUUGCUGGAGCUUUGGAAUCUGUGAGAGUCUUGAAAAGUGAGGAGGGACAAGCUCUCCGACGUGCCCACCAGCGCAACGUCAAGCAUAUGCGCCAACUGCUCAUGGAUGCCGGGCUGCCUGUCAUCAACUGUCCCAGUCAUAUCAUCCCCAUACGGGUUGGCAAUGCUGCAGUGAACACCAAGCUCUGUGACAUCCUCCUAUCAGAGCACAAUAUUUACGUCCAGGCCAUCAACUACCCAACCGUUCCCCGCGGAGAAGAAUUGCUGAGACUGGCCCCCUCUCCACACCACGCCCCUGACAUGAUGAAUUAUUUUGUGGAGUGCCUGGUUGAAACAUGGAAGGAAGUCGGGAUGCCGCUGCAGUCACCAUCCGCUGCCGAGUGCAACUUCUGCCACCGACCCUUGCACUUUGACCUGAUGAGCGAGUGGGAGCGUACAUAUUUUGGAAACAUGGAGCCAAAAUAUAUCACCAUGUACGCAUAAGCCUGCAUGGAGAGCCUCAACACCCCAGCGCAAGCAGUCCGUUUACAAAAUGAACCCCCAAUGUCUACAGUCCACAUUGGCUAGUGCCAAAAUAUUCAAUUCUGAGCUGCUCAGCCAUCUGUUGUAGUGAUGCGUAACAGCAGUAAACCGCAUGACCACUAGCUGCUUCUUGGCAACAGUAGCCACAGCAUAUUAGCUUGCAGUUGGUUAUAUACCCGCGGUAUUCAACCUUUGGCUCUCCAGCUGUUGCAAAACUACUACUCCCAGCAUGCCCGGACAGCCAACGGCUGUCCGGGCAUGCUGGGAGUUGUAGUUUUGCAACAGCUGGCGGGCCAAAGUUCUAACAUGGUCACAUUGCAUAAGGUGCAGAACAUUGAUGAUAUAGUGGAAAGUCCUUACACCCCUCUUUUGGGCAUCAUAGAGCAUUUUCCACUUAUCCUGGACCAGAGCUGAUUAUUUCUCUGCAAUAGGUUCAGCUGGGUAGCUAACCCCUUAGUGGAUUGGCUUAGUCCAACAUAACCAUUAUUGCCACAUUUUAUCACUACAAUUCCCCAGCAUCUUAUAGCCAAGCUUCUUUAGUAAUUUAUUUUCAAGUAAAAAUGUAAACUUCGCUUAAAUUAUAGUAUCUGUGUAUCAUCUGCCUAUACUGGACGAACGAACCGCCACGUCUGGGCUGCCGGAGUGUCUGAGAUGUUCACACAUCAACUGACAAUAAAGUUUUCUGCAAUGUUAUUGUGCUUCUGUG